AUGCCGAUUAUGGUAGCAGAACGGAAACGAGUACAGUUCAAGUUCAUGAGCGAUAAGUUGCGGAUCAUCUGUUGUACUAUAGCAUUCGGCAUGGGCCUGGACAAACCCAACAUCCGAGGGGUGAUCCACUACAACAUGCCUAAGAGUAUUGAAAACUAUGUCCAGGAGGUCGGGCGGGCGGGUCGCGACGGCGCGGCAUCAUACUGCCACAUGCUUCUGUCCAAGAGUGACAUUUGGUGGCUGCGGAGCAGAGCACACGCCGACACGGUGGACUCCAAUACACUCCUUCGAUUCAUCACAGAGGUAUUCUCGUUGGACGAGGCCAGCGCUGAUGCGGGUACCGUAGGCUUGCUAUCGAUUGAUGAUCUGGAACAGAAGUACGACAUGCGAGAAACCGCUCUGUUCACGCUGCUGUGCAAAUUGGAGAUGCACUCGCAUAAAUUCAUCUCAGUGCUGCCGCAGAUGAACUGCAUCUGUACGCUGAGAGUGUCGAAAGCACAGUUAGAGGAGGUGGCAACAACGAAUAUGUUUGCUAAAGCGGUGUUGAGCGUAGGCUCG